GCGCUGAUGUGGCGCUUAUCCAGACGAGAGAAAGGUGUCGCUGGCCAGUGUGCGCUUGCCACGCGUCGGGGCCAAUCUCUCUGGAAGAAGUUCUACUCUCCAAAGUUUUUUGAGUUUGUCGCAGAACUAUAGUGCCAUGGCCGCUGCUACUACCAGUGCUGCUGCCACAUUGUCCACUCCAGUCGCUGGCCUAGGUGGAUCUUCACUCAAAGCAGUGAAGAGAUCUUCAUCCUCGAGAGUUCAUCUUACUUCAGCAUUCGUCCACAAUGCCAAUGCCUCCGCGAAUGCUCUUCGACUGAAGCCCUGCAUGUCUCGUGUUACAUGCUUUCGUGGAGACUGGUUGCGUACCGAUCUCUCAGUGAUUGGAUUUGGAUUGAUCGGGUGGCUAGCACCAUCGAGCAUCCCUGCCAUCAACGGCGAUAGCCUGACUGGCCUGUUUUUCGGUAGCAUUGGUCCCGAGCUUGCUCACUGGCCUACAGGCCCAGCUCUAACCUCGCCAUUCUGGUUGUGGAUGAUCUUGUGGCAUCUGGGACUAUUCAUCACGCUCACUUUCGGCCAGAUUGGAUUCAAGGGAAGAGCCGAUGGCUACUGGUAAGAACUUUUGUGUGUUUCAUAGCAGCAUACCAGGCAGCCUGUACGAAAAAACCUCAAAGAACGCAAAGCUGGUGAAUGAUUCAAGCUUUUGUAUA